CCUGCCGCGUGUGGGUGUGAGAGGAAGGCCAGACUGCGCGCGUGCGCAGUCCCCGGGGCGCGGGUGUGAUCGAGCUCACGUAGCUAGGGCUCCAGUCGCCUCCUCCCUGGCGUGGUAGCCGCGGCCUAGAGGUUAUAAAAGGGCUAACGGGCUCCCUCUGCUGCCCAGUCGCGCCGCCAGGGGUUGAGGGUAAGGAGUGAGUAACCGGCCCGGGAGAAGGCGACGAGAAGCCAAGAGCGAGCCGCCCUCCUGUCCCGUUUUCCAGGGGUUAAACGCCCAGCCAGACGUUCCACGGCGAGGGAGAAUUUUGAGUAUGGAUUAUAUGUUUCAAGCGGGGGGAAGGAUGGAUGGUACGGUGUGUGAACCUGUAAAAUGAAAUCUUCCAAGAUGAUCUGGCAUGUUUUACUUGUAGGGAUUCUGCUACCCCAAACUUUGGCCCAUCCAGGCUUUUUUACUUCAAUUGGUCAGAUGACUGAUUUGAUCCAUACGGAGAAAGAUCUGGUAACUUCUCUGAAAGAUUAUAUUAAGGCAGAAGAGGCCAAGUUAGAACAGAUAAAAAAAUGGGCAGAGAAGUUAGAUCGGCUCACUAGCACAGCAACAAAAGAUCCAGAAGGAUUUGUUGGGCAUCCUGUAAAUGCAUUCAAGUUAAUGAAACGUCUGAAUACUGAGUGGAGUGAGUUGGAGAAUCUGGUCCUUAAGGAUAUGUCAGAUGGCUUUAUCUCUAACCUGACCAUUCAGAGACAGUACUUCCCUAAUGAUGAAGAUCAGGUUGGGGCAGCCAAAGCUUUGUUGCGUCUCCAGGAUACCUACAACCUGGACACAGAUACAAUCUCAAAGGGUAAUCUUCCAGGAGUAAAGCACAAAUCCUUCCUAACAGCAGAGGACUGCUUUGAAUUGGGCAAAGUGGCCUACACAGAGGCAGACUAUUACCACACUGAACUGUGGAUGGGACAAGCUCUCAGGCAGCUGGAUGCAGGCGAGGUGGCCACCGUGGACAAGGUCUCUGUGCUAGAUUACCUGAGCUAUGCCGUAUACCAGCAGGGAGACCUGGAUAAGGCUCUUCUGCUCACAAAGAAGCUACUUGAACUAGAUCCUGAACAUCAGAGAGCUAAUGGUAACUUAAAAUAUUUUGAGUAUAUAAUGGCUAAAGAAAAAGAUGCCAAUAAGUCUGCUUCAGAUGACCAGUCUGAUCAGAAGAGCACACUGAGGAAAAAAGGGAUUGCUGUGGAUUACCUGCCAGAGAGACAGAAGUACGAAAUGCUGUGCCGUGGGGAGGGUAUCAAAAUGACUCCUCGAAGACAAAAAAAACUGUUUUGCCGCUACCAUGAUGGAAACCGGAAUCCUAAAUUUAUUCUGGCUCCAGCCAAACAGGAGGAUGAGUGGGACAAGCCUCGUAUUAUUCGCUUCCAUGAUAUUAUUUCUGAUGCAGAAAUUGAAAUUGUCAAAGACCUAGCAAAACCAAGGCUGAGGCGAGCCACCAUUUCAAACCCAAUAACAGGAGACUUGGAGACGGUACAUUACAGAAUUAGCAAAAGUGCCUGGCUCUCUGGCUAUGAAAACCCUGUGGUGUCUCGAAUUAAUAUGAGGAUACAAGAUCUAACAGGACUAGAUGUGUCCACAGCAGAGGAACUACAGGUAGCAAAUUAUGGAGUUGGAGGACAAUAUGAACCUCAUUUUGACUUUGCACGAAAAGAUGAGCCAGAUGCUUUCAAAGAACUGGGGACAGGAAAUAGAAUUGCCACGUGGCUGUUUUAUAUGAGCGAUGUGUCUGCAGGAGGAGCCACCGUUUUUCCUGAAGUAGGAGCUAGUGUUUGGCCCAAAAAAGGAACUGCUGUUUUCUGGUAUAAUCUGUUUGCCAGUGGAGAAGGAGACUAUAGUACACGGCAUGCAGCCUGUCCAGUACUAGUUGGAAACAAAUGGGUGUCCAAUAAAUGGCUCCAUGAACGUGGACAAGAAUUUCGAAGACCUUGUACUUUGUCGGAAUUGGAAUGACAAACUGGCUUCCUUGCCCCUCCUGUUGUUGUACUCUAAUGUGUCUCAUACACACAAUUCCUAGUCUUAACUUUCAAGGUUUACAGUUGACUAACACUCCAUGAUUAAGUCAAUCAUGAACCUCAUCCCAUGUUUCAUCUGUGGACAAUCACUUACUUUGGGUUUUCUCUUUUACAAGUAACACUAAAUCACUACAUUUGAUUAAUAGCUUAGUUGGUGUAACAGAAGGCAGAGUUAAAAUGAGGAAUCUUAAAUUUUAUAUUUUAAAUAACUUUUUGGUUGGAUAAAUAUAAUUAAGCAUCUGUUUUAGUAUUUCAGGACAUCUCAACUGAUGCACGGCAGGCUGGAGUGGGCUGUGUGUAGAAAGCAGAUGCUUCCUAGCUAGGUGUCCUUUUGGCCUUGUCUUCCUUGCAGCUCAUUUUCUGGACCUGCCUGAACCCCAGUAAUAAACUAGGAAUCAGAUCUGGGCUGUAGGUGAUGUUUGCCCCUCUGUACAUUAUUCUGAGUUGAGUUUUCCCCCUAUGUCCUCCUAAGGAAAAUACACUGUAUUUUGCCAAUCCUCUUCUCUCAUAGCUACUCUGUGGUGAAUUAAUCCUGUUUGAGUUAAAAUACUUUAAUUUUUAAAAAACAAAGUCCUGUGUAACAACAGUAGGCCUUCUUCACAUGCUCAUUAGUCUGUUCUUCCACCUUUCUCUUGAGUGACUGAUGAUUUUUUCCAGAAAUUUUGUUUUUCUUAGUGUCAGUAGUUUGCCUCUUACUCCUACUACAGCAAGGUGGUUGAUACUGGCAUUCUGAUUAAAUAUUGUGCCUUAGGAGACUGGAAAGUUUAAAAAUGUACAGGUCCUUUCAAUGAUGAGGGAAUUGAUUUUUAAAAGAAAAUCUUUUUCUUAAAAAGCCAAAAUGUUUGUUUUUUAAAAAAUUCUGAAAUGUGUUGUGACAACAACGAUGUAUUUAUGAUCUUAAAUCUUUUUUUAAAAAUG